UAACGUCACCAACAUGGCGGCGGCGCGGGGCUGGGAGUCAGGACUGUUACUGGAGGAAUGCUAUACGGAAUUCUUGAAAGAAGAAUUUGAUGUAAAGACCUAUACCGCUCAAUCCAUUCAUCAAGCAGUAAUAGUUGAACAAUUGGCAAAACUUGCACAAGGGAUCAGCCAACUGGAUAAAGAACUUCACAUCCAGGUUGUGGCAAGACAUGAAAACCUUCUAGCUCAAGCCACUGGAAUCGAGUCACUGGAAGGUGUGCUUCAGAUGAUGCAGACCAGAAUUGCUGCUCUGCAGGGAACUGUUGACCGGAUAAGAGUAAAAAUUGUUGAUCCUUACAACAAGAUUGUAGCUCGUACCGCACAGUUGGCUAAAUUACAGGCAGCUUGUGAUUUGCUUCGACGGAUAAUCCGAAUCUUGUACCUAAGUAAACGUCUGCAAGGUCAGCUCCAGGGUGGCAGCAGAGAAAUUACCAAGGCUGCUCAGAGCCUCAAUGAACUAGAUUAUCUUUCUCAAGGAGUGGAUCUUUCUGGAAUUGAAGUUAUUGAAAAUGAUCUGCUAUUUAUUGGAAGAGCCCGUCUUGAGGUUGAAAGUCAAGCUAAACGAUUGCUUGAACAGGGAAUGGAGACCCAGAAUCCAACACAGGUGGGAACAGCACUUCAAGUCUUCUACAACUUGGGAAGUUUGAAGGAAACCAUCAGCUGUGUAGUAGAUGGGUACCGUGUGUCACUGGAAGAAAAUGUCAGCAGUGCUCUGGAUGUUAAAAUGUUAACUCAGCCUCUCCAGGCUUCCACAAGAGGAGGCCCAGGUAGAGCAGCGAUGCCCACUCCUGGCAACACACCAGCAUUCCGUGCUGCCCUUUGGACCAACAUGGAGAAACUUAUGGAUGAAAUCUGUGCUGGAUGUGGACAGGUUCAACAUUUACAAAAGGUUCUGACAAAAAAGCGAGAUCCUGUGACUCAUGUAUGCUUCAUUGAUGAAAUAGCAAAGGAUGGCCAAGCAGACAUUUUAUACACUUUCUGGAACUCAGUUACACAAAUCCUGACAACGAAAUUUCAGCAAUCUACAAACGCAUCCACAUUUCUGAAGCAAGCGUUUGAAGGAGAAUAUCCUAAGCUGUUACGAUUGUACAAUGACUUAUGGAAGCGUUUACAACAGUACAGUCAGAGUAUCCAGAGCAAUGUAACCAGCAGUGGAAAUGCCGACAUUACUCCUGAGCUGCCACCAGGACAGGACGACACACAAGAUGCGUUUAUGGUGAAGAAACAGGAUUAUGACCCUGAAAAAACCUUGAAAGACACCCUGCAACCUUACGAAUCUGCUUAUCUAUCAAAAUCCUUAUCCCGGCUGUUUGACCCCAUCAACCUUGUCUUUCCUCCUGGGGGACGUAAUCCACCGUCCAGUGAUGAGCUUGACAGCAUCAUUAAAACCAUUGCAAGUGAGCUCAACGUGGCGUCUGUGGAUCCAAGCCUUAGUCUCGCUGUUGCCAGAAAUGUCGCUAAAACUGUGCAGCUAUUUGGAGUAAAAUCUGAACAACUUCUGUCCACACAGGGUGAGGCUAGUCAGGUGAUUGGGCCACUAACUGAUGGGCAGAGGAGGAAUGUGGCUGUAGUGAAUUCCUUACACAGAUUGUCCCAGUCUGUGCUCAAGGUGCUGUGUGGCCUGAGUUCGUUCCCUGUAACAGCUGAACAAACCAUUCGAGCCACGUUAGAGACAAUUCAGGAUCUCAUGGGAAAUGCAGUUCAGCCGCUACUGAAAUCGGUGGAAGAUUCCAUUGAGGCCAUUAUUAUCACAAUGCACCUUGAGGAUUUUGCAGGGCCUUUGUCUGGGAAACCAGAAGUCCCCUGUUCUCUUUACAUGAAAGAACUGCAAGGUUUUGUGGCACGGAUUAUGAAUGACUAUUUUAGAACCUUUGAAUGUGUGGACUUCAUCUAUGACAGUACAGAAACCAUUGCCCAGAGAGCCAUCCAAGUGUUCAUUCGCAAUGCAACGCUACUGAGACCCUUGGGUGAAGGAGGUAAAAUGAGAUUGGCGGCAGAUUUUGCACAGAUGGAAUUGGCAGUGGGGCCACUCUGCAGGAGAGUUUCUGAUCUUGGAAAGUCCUACAGAUUAUUGCGGUCGUUCAGACCAUUGCUCUUCCAGACCAGUGAACACAUGGCUAACAGCCCAGCUGUAGGAGAUAUUGUUCCCUACAGCAGCAUUCUUCAUUUCCUCUUUACCAGAGCUCCACCUGAGCUGAAGUCCCCUCACCAGAGGGCAGAGUGGUCAGUCGCUCGCUAUUCUCAAUGGCUCGAUGACCAUCCAGCAGAAAAGGACCGGCUGGUUCUCAUCAGAGGUGCACUUGAAGCCUACGUUCAAUCUGUACGAGCAAGAGAAGGGAAAGAAUUUGCUGCUGUCUAUCCAAUAAUGUUGCAACUGCUGCAGAAAGCCAUGGCCACUGCACAGUGAAAGCUUUCAGAUUAAGAGUUCCUCACAUCCAUUCUUGUCAUUUGCAUUGUAGAUAGAAUUGGGGCUCAGAAUUGUUGUAUAGUUUUAGUUAUAUACAGAAUAAUCAUAAUAGGGUUUGAAUUUGUUUUCUGUUAAGUGAGAACCAUACAAUUAGCAUCUUAAAAGAUUACAUACUCUAGAACUAUAAUUAACAAGAAUCUUUCAUUUUUUAAAGGUGCUUUUGAUUAACAGUGAAUGUAAUUAAUUGUGAAGCAGAACACUGUUAGAAUCAGCAUUUAGCCCCAGAGUACUGAAGUUUAAUUAGAUAUCAGUAGAUUAACACAUCAAGGUGGGUAAUUUGGAAUCAAAAGUUAAAUAUUCACUCCCUUAAUUUAUUGGGCUCAGUAACUCUUUCAAACCAGCUACAACUAAUGAUGUAAUUACUCCCUACUGUUAAAUAAAAAAUAUUUGUAAAAUAAA